AUCUUUAGUUUCUUUUAUCUCCCUCUUCAUCUUUCUUGAAUAAAUAUGCAUGUAUUUUUCUGUUUUUGUAUUGUCUUUUGCUUUCCGGAGGAGAGUUUUCUUUCUGCUACAGUAUGCCGGAUUUGAACUAAAAGUUGUAGCUGUUAUUUUUCUGGCAGGUGUUGUAUGACUGCGCAGUGAUCAGAGGCUCUCCUAAUUGUUGUGUUGUGUUGGUUGAUCGCUCACACCAAUAACAAUAUCAAGGCUCAGAUCAGCAGUUCGAGCGCAAUUGAGGUAUCGCUUCAUCAUAUCAUAGAUAGCCUGGAAGGACAAGAUAUUCGCACGACUUCCUGCCUUUCGUCAUCAAAAGGUAAAAUGGAAAUAACCCCUGAAAUUGUAGUUGGCUUUGAUAAUGAGGCAAAAGCAUUAAUUAAUCGACUCAUACGAGGAUCCCAGUUGGAAAUUAUUCCCAUCGUGGGAAUGCCUGGACUUGGUAAGACGACUUUGGCUAAAAAAGUUUACAAUACUCUUUCUAGUCAGCGCCAAUUUCACAUCCAACUUUGGUGUACUGUUUCUCAAGCAUAUAGCGUGAAAGAUUUGUUACUUCAACUUUUGUGCUCUGAUGGAGAACACUCUAGAAAAAAUGAAGAGCUCAGAAAUCUAGAUGAAGAGGAAUUGCUUGAUAAGCUCCGUAAAAAGUUGUUGGGAAAUAAAUAUCUCGUUGUUUUUGAUGAUGUCUGGGAUGACAGGGUAUGGAAUGACUUGAGACUUUCAUUCCAAGGUGCCACGAAAGGAAGUAAAAUCCUCCUCACAAGUCGAAAUUCUAAUGUGGCUUCACAGAUUGAAUAUGGCGGGGAACCUCACAAUCUUCGCCUACUCACUGAUACACUGAGUUGGGAGUUACUGCAGAAGAAGGUGUUUGGAGAAAAGGAAUGUCCUGAAGGACUGGUUAAAAUUGGGAAGCAAAUUGCCAAAAAUUGCAAGGGAUUACCUUUUUCAGUUGUUAUCAUUUCUGGAAUUCUUGCAACUAAAGAAUAUGAGCGUUGGGAUGAAGUGGCUGUUUAUGACACAGAUGAGUGCAUGAAUAUAUUAGAGCUGAGUUACACGCAUCUACCACCGUAUUUGAAGCCGUGUCUUCUUUAUUUUGGAGCAUUUCGAGAAGACCAAGAAAUUCAAUCCAAGAAACUAAUGCAGUUAUGGAUUGCCGAAGGUUUUGUGCAAUGUACAGAUGCAAAAAGAUUGGAGCAUUUAGCAGAAGAAUACAUGAUGGACCUAAUUGGCAGAAAUUUAGUUAUGGUGGCCAAACAUAGAUCCAUAGGUGGAGUCAGAGCUUGCCACAUUCAUGAUUUGUUACAUAAGUAUUGUAUGGUCAAAGCCAAAGAAGAAAAUUUUCUACAAGUGCUGCAUGGGUAUGAUGAGCUUUCUACUUUCACUGAGCCUCCAAACCUCUCCAGAUUGUCCAUUUGGUCUAAGGUUGAGCAUUUUAAGGAGUCGAGGCUAUUUUGUCCACAAUUAUCCACUCUGCUAUUUAUUAAUCUGUUUAGAAAUGACUCUGAGUCAUUCUUGGCUGAUGCCUCCUUUGUCUUCCAAAUUUACAAAGGUCUUAGAGUCUUGGAUAUGGAGCAAAUUGUUCUGCGGCACAAGGUUUUUCCAAGCGAGGUAGUAUCGCUUGUUGAGCUGCGGUACUUGGCUAUGCAAGGUGAGAUGAGGGUCAUCCCGCCCUCUGUAGCCAAACUCUCAAAUUUAGAAACUUUUCGCGUGAUAUCUGAUUACGGUAUUGUUUCAUUGCCAAAUACCUUGUGGAGCAUGACCAAGUUGAGGCAUCUACAUAUUGAGGGCUAUGAUGUCGUAUGGUCUUUGCCAAGAGAAAAUCUUGAGAACAAUUCUGGCUUGCUUAAUUUGGACACAUUUUCCACCUUAAGAGUUUCUUUGGACCAAAGAGUGGAAAACAUACUGAAAAAUAUUCCAAAUGUGCGCCAGCUAAAAAUCAAACUCUCGAAGGCAAAGAAAUCUACGACUAUAGGCUACUGCAACAUGAGUGGACUAGAAAGUCUAGAAUCACUCGAAGUGUGGGCAACGUCACUGCCACCGGAUCACGUUGAGUUCUCUUUCCCAUCGACCUUAAAAAAACUGGUCCUCAUAGGAUUGAACCUACCCUGGAGUAAAAUUUCAUUGAUUGAGGAACUGCCCAAUCUUGAGGUCCUUAAAUUACUCUACGACUCCUUCAAGGGUGAAAGAUGGGUCCUGACAGAGGGAGGGUUCCGUAAACUCAGGUUCUUGGCUUUGGAAAAUUUGGAUGUUGUCGAGUGGACAGACACAGAUCCUGAUGAUCAUUUCCCCCGUCUUGAGAAGUUACUGUUAUCAGGACUUUCCAAAUUGGAACUGAUGCCAUCUUGUUUAGAGCAGAUUUCAGCUCUUGAAUUGAUUGAAUUUCGAAGUUGUAAGGCCUCUGUUAAGGAUUUGGUACAGAAAAUUGAGGAGGAGCAAAAGGACUGUGGAAAUGAAGAUCUGAGGAUCAUCCCCUAGCCAGUGCACAGAAUCUUUUGGGGCCAGCUUCCGCAUCAGAUGUUGUGAGAGCAGCAUUACGGUGUUGAGCAUUGGAUAAGUGUUCUCAAAGUAAGUUCCUCAGAUUCAAAGCUUUCUGCGGCUACUUCAGCAAUCAGUCAGCUGUUGCUAUGGUUUUUGGUGGAGUUGCUCAUCUGUGUGGCUUUCAGCGCUUGUUAGGUGGUCGAUGGUGUUUGUCAGUCUAGGUAUGUUUGGCGGAGUUGCUUGUUAGUGUAAUCUCGGACGGGCGAUGGGCGUGCCGAGAACCGCACUGGUGUCAAGAUUUCGAGCACAAGCAAAGCAAGUACUACUUAUUUCCUCUUGACAAGGAAGAGUAAUUCGGUUGAAAGAUGCAAAAAUUGUUCGGGUAACAUUUGCUGCUGAAGUUAGUGAUUUUUGUGUCUUUUCUUUUCUUCUGUUGUGUGAAGUUGCCUAGCAGGUAGAGUUAUGAACGUGACUCUGUGAAAGACAUAUUUGGAAGACCUGUACUUCAUUGUCGACAUGAAAGAAUGAGUAUACUGUUUUUUUUU